AUGAUAGUACUGUCGCUCCCAAAACCUGUGGUGUCCAUAAAUCCUGAUGAACAGGUGUACAGAGGAGAGACUGUCACUCUCAGAUGUGACCUACAGGAUGAAGAGGACUCUGACUGGAUCUACAGCUGGAAUAAAGAUGGUUCUGGUGUCAGUAGUGAACAGGAGUACAGAAUCAGUAGUGCUGAAACAUCUCAUGCAGGUAAAUACACCUGUAGAGGAAGAGAGAGAGGAGGCUCACACUCCUCACACACCAGUGAUGCUGUUACACUGACUGUAUCAGGUUCAACAUACAAUACUGUUAUAGUAUUUGUGUCUGUGGGACUGAGUUUGGCCUUUCUGUUCAUCAUCCUUUUACUGAUCCUGCUUUGGUGGCACAAAUCCAACAAAGGAAAGGACAGAGACAUACAGCAGAACAGCAAUCAGACACCAGGCCAGAACCCGAGUCAGUCAGGAGCUGAGGAUUCUCAGUCAGGACACGCUCCACUUCAGACCGAUGAGCACAUUUAUGACACUGUGGAGAACGCAAGUAAAAGUGAAGCUGCAGCUGAACUCAGUGGGGCCGUUUAUGCACAGGUCAUGAAGAAAAAGGAGUCACACAAGAAUAAAGAUGAUGAUGCUGGACCCAGUGAUGUGAUUUACACUGAGCUUGAAAUCAAGCCACAGAAAAAAGCAAAGAAAAAUCAGGUGAAGGCCAGUGUAGAGUAUGAAACUAUUUAUUCACAGCUGAAGCAGAACACAUAGGUGCUGGAGGAGUGAAUACACAACUGAACAGACGAGAGAGAAGAGAGAGAGAAGUUCAUCAUGUGUGCAGUGACAGUAAAAUCGGAGUGAGAUUGUUUUGUAC